AUGGGAAAACCAGGGUCUCCAAGAAGCCCACGUCCAGAGACACAAAACGACGACGUAUCGUCAUUGUCGAGGAUGAAAGAGUAUAAGCUUCGAUCUUCAGAAACUGGGAAUGACCCACCUAUUGGAAGAAGAAUGUUUGGGGGAGCAGUGUUGUUUCAUGGCUCCAAGAAUGAUUUUUCUGCAAAACAUGGGACUUAUUAUAAGGGGAAUUAUGUUGGGAAAAAACAUAUUUGGCUCCGAAAGCACCUCAAGUCAAUUGCUUUAAUGUUUGUCUUCAUGGGAUUACUUUUCAUGCUUGAUUCUCUCAUGGUAUUUAUUUUCGAUUCGGCGAAUCUUCAGAGUAGUUUAACUCCAAGAAGAUCAAGUGGGACUAAGGAAGAGGACAGAGUUGGCAACAAAGAGAAUACAAAAUCAGCAGUUCAUAUGUAUGAUCGGCUUCUGAACUUGGCUUCUAGUGCUCUGGCAGAGAAAGAGUUUAAACAAGAGUCUGCAAGCUUCUGGGAAGAGCCAUAUAAGCAGGCGUCUGCGUGGAGACCUUGUGCAGAUAAAAAACUUCCUACGAGUCUUGGGAGAUAUGAUGAAAAUAAUGGCUACAUAUUAGUCAGCGCAAAUGGUGGUCUCAAUCAACAACGUGUUGCAAUAUGCAAUGCUGUUGUCGUGGCAUCGCUUUUAAAUGCAACUCUUGUUCUUCCAAGGUUUCUUUACAGCAAUGUAUGGAAAGAUCCCAGCCAAUUUGGUGAUAUUUACCAAGAGAAGCAUUUUAUGAAGAUCAUGAAGGAUGAAGUAGAUAUUGUAAAGGACCUACCGCCUGAUUUGAAAUCAAUUGACAUUGAAGCUAUUGGUAGUCUUAUAACUGAUGCAGAUCUUGUGAAAGAGGCAAAACCUGUUGAUUAUAUCAGAACUGUGCUUCCUCUACUCUUGCGCAAUAGAGUUGUUCACUUCCUCGGAUUUGGAAAUCGGCUUGGCUUUGAUCCAUUCCCCUCCGAGCUUCAGAAACUGAGAUGCAAGUGCAACUUCCAUGCAUUGAAGUUUGUUCCAAAAAUUCAGCAAGUCGGUUCAUUAUUGGUUAGAAGGAUCCGAAAACACAACGCUGCAAGGAGUACAUUGGACAAACAGUUGCUUGGAAAUUUCAAGUCUAGAGUACCUCCAAAAGGACGUGAUGUUGCAAGCAAUGGUCCAUCCAAAUAUCUUGCAUUGCAUUUAAGAUUUGAAGUUGACAUGGUUGCUUACUCUCUAUGUGAGUUUGGCGGUGGAGAGACUGAGAGAAAGGAACUUCAAGCCUACAGAGAACUUCAUUUCCCUUUGCUCAUUAAGCGCUUGAAGAACUCAAAGCAAGUUUCUCCAAAAGAGUUGAGAAAGCUAGGGAGGUGUCCUUUGACACCAGAAGAAGCAGGGCUUGUUUUAGCUGGUCUUGGGUUUAAACGUGGAACGUAUAUAUAUUUAGCAGGUUCUCACAUAUAUGGUGGUAAAUCUAGAAUGAAUUCUUUCACCAGUUUGUAUCCUAAUCUAGUCACAAAAGAAACUCUUCUCACGCCUACUGAACUCGCACCAUUUCAAAACUUCUCUUCUCAGCUAGCAGCAUUGGACUUCAUUGCAUGUGCAACAGCAGAUGUGUUUGCCAUGACUGAUUCUGGAAGCCAAUUAUCUUCCUUAGUUUCGGGUUUUCGAACCUAUUAUGGCGGCGGCAAUGCGCCUACUUUGCGGCCUAACAAGAAGAGAUUAGCAGCAAUUUUGUCGGAAAGUGACACUAUAGAAUGGAAUAGUUUUGAAGACAGAGUGAAAAAGAUGAUUGAGGAAGGCCAAAGAGCACGUGUUAGGGGUUUUGGUAGAAGUAUUUAUAGACAACCAAGGUGUCCACAGUGCAUGUGCAAAAUUCACUAAUAUAUUCUCAAAAUUAUGAUCACCAUUUGGAUUCUUGUCAAUUCUUCAAGAUAUAUUUCCAUAAUUUUUUAAUGGUUACCCCUUCUUUCA